CAACUUCAUACCAUUCAGUCCGUUCGAGAGGAAUAUAAACUAAAUCUCGCAUGGAUUAGUGUUUUUGUAAAAUGUUUGUAAUAACAAACCGAAUUAGAUUUAUUUAAUCGCCUCAAGUCCGAAACAAAUAAAUGCCAAAAUCAAUUUAAAACUCCGUUCGAAACAAUUAUGCAAAAUUUUCUUUGAAAUUUAUUUGAUUUGCCGUGAUAUUGUGACAAAAUUGAAGCAGAGUGUGUGUGUGUGACGUAAAAACCGCAAACAAAUUCCGUCUUGCUUAUUCAUCCCUUUUAUCAUCGCGACAAUUUGUAAAUUUGAUCAAAUUUGCAUUCGAUUUAUAACAUUGAAACAUCCAAUUCAUCGAAAUAAAAAACGAUUCAUAGAGACCGCCCACUCGAGUCGAGUACAUCAUGUCGUCGAGCACGGGAAAGCGAAAAGAGAUUUACAAAUAUUUGGCACCAUGGCCAUUGUAUUCAAUGAAUUGGAGCGUUCGACCAGACAAACGAUUUCGGUUGGCACUCGGCAGUUUCAUCGAAGAAUACAACAACAAAGUACAGAUUAUCAGUUUGGACGAAGACACAAGUGAAUUCAGUGCAAAAAGUACAUUCGACCAUCCGUAUCCAACGACAAAAAUCAUGUGGAUUCCAGAUUCAAAAGGAAUUUAUCCGGAUUUGCUAGCAACAAGUGGCGAUUAUUUACGUGUGUGGCGAGCUGGUGAGCCAGACACUCGGCUUGAGUGUGUGCUCAAUAAUAACAAAAACAGUGAUUUCUGUGCGCCGCUUACAUCGUUUGACUGGAACGAAGUUGAUCCGAAUUUGGUUGGAACGUCGUCAAUUGAUACUACAUGCACUAUUUGGGGCCUAGAAACUGGUCAGCCAUUGGGAAGAGUGAAUCUUGUUGCCGGCCAUGUUAAAACACAGUUGAUUGCACACGAUAAGGAAGUAUACGACAUUGCAUUUUCACGAGCUGGAGGCGGUCGUGAUAUGUUUGCUUCGGUCGGAGCUGAUGGGUCGGUGCGUAUGUUUGAUUUGCGUCAUUUGGAACAUUCAACAAUCAUCUAUGAAGAUCCAACACAUACUCCAUUAUUGCGACUCGCUUGGAACAAACAGGAUCCAAAUUAUUUGGCCACCGUUGCGAUGGACUCGUGCGAAGUGAUCAUCUUGGAUGUUCGUGUACCAUGCACACCAGUUGCUCGGCUCGCAAACCAUCGGGCUUGCGUUAAUGGCAUUGCAUGGGCACCGCAUAGCUCUUGUCACAUAUGCACAGCCGGCGAUGACCAUCAAGCGCUAAUUUGGGAUAUUCAGCAAAUGCCACGAGCCAUCGAAGACCCAAUACUGGCAUACACAGCAGCCGAAGGCGAAGUAAAUCAGAUCCAAUGGGGUGCAACACAACCAGACUGGAUCGCCAUUUGCUAUAACAAAGCGUGCGAAAUUCUGAGAGUCUAACUCCAAACUCAAAUAAUUUCAUUUUUUGCUGAUUUCUUCUAUAUAUAAUUAAGUAAUCUUAUUUUAUUUUAGUUUGUGCCUCCUUAAGUGAAAACUGAAAAUCAUAGCUAAAAUAUUGUUUUUCCUUUUUGCUUUAUUUAUACAAACACAUACACACACACAAUGGUGCAAUUGAGACGUAUCUUCUCUCGAACUGGAGAUCAGUUAUCUUGAGAGUUUUUAUUUUCUAUUAAAACAAACGAACCAUAGCCAAUGGAAAAUAUAUCGAAAUGUAACUUAUCAGACGAAUUACAAUAGCUCAGCUCACUCAAAAUAUCGAUAUUAAUAACGAACACGGCAUUAAUUUCGAACGCUAGAAUAGGCCAUUAUUUUUUAAGCAUACACAAUGCACGUUUAGGUUUAUAUCAAUAAUACAGAAAAAAAAAAAGCAAACUUGUACGCGCAGUUUGAUGAUUAUCUAUGAAGAUAUAAUUGAGUAUGUUAUAUUUCCUGGAAUAUGAAGCGCAAACAUAAAAGACACAUAUAAUUUGAUGUCGUGAAGAAAAUCGUCGAUUUUUUUUAUUUGAAACAUAAAAAAUGAUUACAUACAUUUAGUGAUCAAACAUGUUGUUCUAUAAAAAUUGGUACUAAACAAUAAGCAUAUUCUUCAUUAUGGAAACCAAUUAUGCUAAUUUAAGUAAAUUUCUAACUAUGACAUUAGUUAAUUUAAUCUAAAACUGUUCGAAACUCGUAAUGACAAUUCAGUAAACAUUUAAUUUAUAUAUCAGUUAUAAUAAACAAUAACAACAAUAAUAAACGAAACGGAACAAUUACAUGAAAUAGUUACUUAAAAUCAUCUGAAAUUUGCAAAAAAAUAAAACAAACCCAAUAUACAAUUAACGUUUUAUAGAAUAAAUGAAGUGAUUUUUACUAAAAAAAAAAA